AUGCGCAGAGAGUCUGGGAGAUAAUUGCUCUUUUAAACAGGAAACUAUUGCUUUUAAGAAUAAUUAAAAGAGUCGUAUCCAUAAAUUCUUGGGGGUAACUAUGGUGCCACUAGUUUUGAAUGUAUUCAUACAAACUCAGAAAGAAUACUAUUAGGUGGAUCAUCUUCAUCCACAGAUAUUGUAACAAAUCAGUUUUAAGCAUUUGCUAGCUCUUAUGUUCUUGCUUUAUCCUCAAAUCCUUAAUUCGGAGUCUAUAUCUUUGACUAUGCUACUGGAGACCUUUUAAAAUCAUUAUAUGUUGAGGAUCUAUCUACUAAUUCUAUUCAUUAUGAUUUCAAACCCAUUGACAUUACAUCCAUCGAUUAUUAUUACAUUGAUAAGUACUAUGCUUUUAUUGGAGGGAGUUUGAAUAGUAAUCCAUUUUUUAUCUAGUUUAACUUCGAUGCUAAUCUUAUAGAUGCUGCUAUUUAAUAUCAAAAUCCUUAAGCUGCAAUUAAUGCAGAUAUGCCAAUCAUAUCGAUUGAAGCUGUGGAGUAUCAAAGUAAAUCUAGCAUAUUUUCAUGUGCCAUCAAUUUAGGGCCAAGUUAAAAUGAUUUUGGUAUAAGUUUCUUUUAAUAAAGUAGUGGCGCCUUUUAAAUGAAGAAACUAUAUUAUUUUGAAUCCACUGGAUCCGAGUAUUUAUAAUGCAUUGAUAUGGAUAUUAGUUAGAGUAAACUAUAUGUUGUUUGGCAAUCAUCAAUAACUACAUAUUUUGGAAAUGUUCAAAUUUAACCUUCAAAUACCUAAAAUCAUUAAUUUGAAGAAAUUUCAAUGGGAUCCUCAACCAUUGUGUCAAAAAGUUACAAUUAUAAUGUUGCAUAUAUAAUGAGGAAUGAUUUGCAAGAUAAAGAUUGCAUUAAUAAAGCAUCAACUACGAUUAACUUUUAAGUUGGAAUUUAAACAGAUUUCACUUCGAUCAGCACAAGCAAGAUAUAUAAUCCUUAGUUUAUAACGAAUUCAAUUACUAAAACGGUUUUAAAUAAUUUCAUCCUUAAAAACGAUUAAACUAUUGCUUCUUCAGGAUUACUUUCAUACAACAUUGCCUAAUUACCCAAUCAAUGCAAAAGUUAAUAAGCAAAUUAGGCCAGUGUUAAUUACCCUUCAAACAUUGAUUCAGUUUACACCUACAAAAUUAGAGAUCCUCAAGUAACUAUAGACUUCAAUGAUUUUACAUAUGCUAGUAGCUGCAUUGACAUUUAUUGGACUUAUUAAUUUGAAGUUACACCAAAUACCUACUCAAACCAAAUCUUUAGUUUUAAUUCAAAACCCCAAAAUUUAGGAGGUGGGGGCACAAUUAUUUUCUACACUGAUUAAAUUUCUCACAUAUAAACUUACGUUGCUACAAUAAAGGGUACAGUAUCUGGGACAUUCACCUAUAACAAAUAAUUUACAGUAAAUGUUAUUUUAGGAGCAACUAAUAGUCCUCCUUAUUUCGCUUCAAUUCUUCCUGAUUUUGUUUAAGUUCAAAUAAGUUAAUCUCUAAGCUAUUCAUUUCCAAGCAUUUUAGACGAUUAAAAUGACAAUGUUAAUAUAAAAAUAGAUUCAUUAUUCUCAAAUAAGCAACUUCCAGAUUUCAUUAAGCUUUCUGGCAAAUCAAUCAUAAUUUCACCUUCUUCCAAGCAGACUGGUACAUACUUUAUUAAGAUUAUACUUACAGAUGAUAAUUCCUUAGUUGGUUAAAUGAGCUAAUAAUAUCAACUUAGCAUUAUUGCUAUUGAUUAAAAGCCAACAGAAGAUGAACCUGCUGUUUCAGUCCCUGCUUAAAACAAUACAAAUAGCCCUAGUGAUAAUAAUAGCUCAACUUCUUCAGGUUAAUCAUCAGAUUCAAACAAAGGCACUGACUUUUAAUUUCAAAUUAAAGGAAGCUCUUCAUAAAUUCUGACAAUUAAAUACUCGGAAAAAAUUAAUCUAGAUUACUUGAAAUAAUUUAAGAUCGAUAAAAAGGCAUUGUAAAUAGAAUUCUAUGGAAUAAGUGAAAAAAAUAAACUAGAAGAAUGGCAGGUUGUAUCAUCUGAUAAUGAUCAACUUUAGAUAAAGUUAAUUUUUACUGAUAACAGAUUUGUAUCAGCUUAUCAAAUCUAAGAUCAGAUAAAGGUCAUUUUAUUGAAGCAGAUCUUUCAAUCAUAUUUUGGUGGUGAACUAAUGCCAUUAAUGCAAAAAGAGGCAAACUUGCCUACACAAAUAUUAUCAGAUGCUCAUACACCUUUAUUUUCGAUUGGAUAUCCCGGGCAUGUACUUAUCUUUAUUCAAGCUUUGUUCAGUAUCAUAAAUCUUGAUAUCUUCAACGUUGCAAAGGAUCUGAAGAAUUUUUUCAAAUUGAAAGCUAUUGAUGAAUAUUCAGAGUACAAUGAUAGAUUCGCAUUCCUAGGUUAUGAUAACUCAAAUUUUAUCUAUCUUAUUGGGAUGCCCAUUUUCUUCCUUAUUAUCUACUUAAGCUGCUUAUAUUUUAUCCAUGAACAUUCAACUCCAGGAGAUGCUUUUUCAUUUCUGUUUGCUAUUAUAUUUUUUGGAGCAAACAUUUUUUUGCUUUUGGCAGUACCAAUUUUGCUUAUUAAAAAGUAAAAGUCUCACUAUGGAAUAUAGUUUGUGAGAUUUUUAAAUGAAAUUUACAAGGAUUUGCAGACAAAUUUCGUUUCGCAUUACUUUUAUCAUUCAAUAUUUGUAUUGAGAAGAGGCUCAUUUGCUCUGAUGGUCUUCUAUUUAUAAGAUUGGCUAUACUUAUAGGUUUUGUUAUUUAUCUUUUAGAACUUAUUAUACAUGAUUUACUUAAUAUAUGGAAGACCUCUUACUGGUGGAUAUGGUGUUGAGAUCUUUAAUGAACUCUGCACAUUGCUUUUGAGUUAUUUUAUGAUGAUAUAUACUGACUAUGUAGAUGAUCCAGUAACUAAAUAUCAAAUAGGGUACAUAUAUAUUGCGGUUUUCAUCUUUAACAUGUUCAUGAACUUCUUAGUAAUUUUAAAGAGAAUGAUAUUAGGACUGAUUUAAAAGGUAAAGCAAGUACUUCUAAUUCUUAAAGUAAAGAGAGGUUUAAGAUACAAGUUCUUUAUGAAAACUAAUGAGUCAUUAAAAUAAUUUAUAAAUGAAGAUGACCCCAAUAAAUAGUAGAUGAAUCAAAUGCUUGAUCGCAUUUUUAAUAAAGAAAUUCAAAAUACUCAAGAGUUUAAAAGCAUUUUUACACCUAGAGUUAAAAGAUAGCAAUCGAUCGUGCCUCUAUUUUCAUUAGGAAAACUCAAAGGAUCUUAAAUGAACAACGGAGAAACAGAUGAUGAUAAUGAUGACUAGAUAAUAAUUCCUAGCGUUAGAAGAAAAUCAGUAUACAUUCCUAGCGGCUCCCCAGAGAACGAACACAAGAUUAGUAAGAGAGAAACCAAUAGUAUCUUGAACGAUUUCUUAUCAUUAAACAAUGAUGACUAAAUGAGCAAAUAAGAUUAUUAAGAGGAUGAUUUGAAAUCUUCUAUCAUGUAGACUUCAAAUGCCGCUGAACCAACAAGAAGAACAUCAAAAAACAGUUUAGUUUAAACAAAUAAUAAUAAAAAUGAUUACCAUAGUAGAUUUCAUAAUGAUGUCAUCUUAGAGACGGAUGAGUAUUUCGAUGAUAUUUCAGAACUGGGUAAACUUACCAAAAUAAAUAAUUUGAAUUAACUAAACAGAGAUAAGUAUAAAAGCGAAAAAAUAAACCUAUAAGAUGAAAAUUUCAAUAAUGAAUUCAAUUAGUAUUAAAAAUAGAAAACUACAAGAAGAAAUAAUUUUGUGAAAGCUGUAACUAGAACUAAUUUGAGAAGUAAAAGCAUUUACCAUAAAGCAAACUAAGAAUAGAGUAGAAUAGAUUAACUAUAUUAGGAUAGUAUUGGACCAUAAACUACUCGCCAACAAAAAAAUCGAAUGAAUAAUUGA